AUGGCGGACGGGAAUAACAGCGGUUCCUCUGGCCAUCGGGCCCUGGUUGAAUCAGGAGACGCUUUCUACAAGAAGAAAAAAAGCAGCAGCAAGAAGGACUCUCGACCACCAAAGCAUCAGAGUUCAAAGCCAAAGGCCCCAAGAACUCCCAGAGACGACGAGUUGAGUGCUUCAGUCCAAAACCUCAGUAUUAAUGAGCAUGACAACAAUGCCCGGCAUCCAGCUCACCAAGCAUCGAGUCCAGCCGGCUCCCUGACCCAUACGGCAAACGUGCCUAACGGGCAGACAAGCACAUUCAGCUACUCCGGCUACAACGAACCGGCCUUGGACUAUACCAACAACUCCGAACUCACUCUUGAGACUCAAGACGACGCAACCUGGUCCCAGACUGGACCACCCUCAGCACAAACGCCGGCGAUGGACUACUCUCAGCAAGCCGCAUCAUAUGGUCAGUACGACUACGCUCCUGACGAAAGGACGGUCCAAGGGUACUAUGAGUCGCAAGCUGCAGGCCCUUGGAUCAGCGGCAACUAUACAUCCUACCCCCCGGCAUCACAUCCACAGUAUUAUCCCACAGACGAAGCAGCACCGUACCAGGACGAGACAACAAGCACAGCGACCCAAGUCAACACCACACCAAACGAGGAGGUCUCUUACAGGGUCCCCAGGAGACCCCCUAUCCAAGAUCCCGGCGACGCUCCUCUGUCUCCUAUCCCGCAGUCCUAUACCUGGAGACCCCCAGGAUACGCAAGCCCAGAUGAGGUUGGCCCUGAAAGCCCGAGACCACCGCAGGCCAUCUCGCUGACGUUCCGCAACAACUACACGGUGCACGGGUACAAGGACGUGUCGUCGUGCCCGCAGGCGGGCAACCUGAUCAGCUGGCGCGCGGUGCGGGCGCUGGGCCACGACGGCGACAUGAAGCGGUACGCGCACGGCCACGAGCGCACCGUGGUCACGGUGCUCGGCGAGUGCGUGGCCGUAGCGUCGAUUGCGCUCGCCUGGAAGGACCUCGUCGAGUUUGACGAUGACGGUGAUGCCGGUGUUGUCGUUGAUAAGAGAGGCCACUCGACCUUCCUCGUCUGCCGCGACCUGCCUGGCGAAGACGACGUCGACGUCUACCUCAAGCCCAAGGUCUCGACUUGGUGA